GAACUCCAGUCCGCAGACCUGGACGCUCUUUGAGUGGCAGACCUACACGGCGGUGUCCCGUCGCCCCCGGCCGAACCCCCGCUUCCCCGCGACGUCCCGAAGAUGGCGCAGCCUGGAGGCCGAAGAGGACCAUGGCCUGUGUGGCAGAAUCGCGAUCUGGUCCCAAUCCCUGGAAUCCAAGAUGAAAGUCUUUCCGAGGAUUCCAGCACGGAAGGUAGCUCCAGCAGCUCCAGCUCCAGUCGCCGCAGGAACCAAACCGCCAAGAAACGCGUCCGCAAGUGGCGCCUGAAAUUCGCGGUGACCAAGCGUUUGAAGAAAGAGCUUUUGCCUCCCAGGCAACACCAGCUGCAUGGCGCUCGCAGGAAGCGUCGGAACUUCCUGGUGGUGCCGAAGCUCCUCGACGCUGAGGAGAUCCGGUUGAUCCAUGACUUGUGGCAUCAUCCAAGUGUGGAGGAGAUCAAGGAUCGAAAGAAGACCCUGCAGUACCGUCACAUUGCUUAUCGAAUGGAGCUGCCAUUGCGGGCGCAUGGCCAGCACUUGUAUGCAAAGCUCAUCGACACUAUGGCAUGGGCUGAUGCCUUCCUUUGGCAAAAGCUGCCGCGGAAUGAGUUCGCCUAUCCGGAGGUGGAGUACAUCGUCUACGAAGGCAAGGAAGGCCUGCCUGGUAGCAUCGAGCCCCACGUGGACAACCAUUCAGCUGUGACCAUUGUGGUGCUGCUCUCGGAUCCCUCCGAGUUCAAAGGUGGUGUGAAUUGCUUUGCUUCGCCGGACUCUGAGGAUUUGCCGGCGCGGGUGGUCUCCUUGGACGUGGGCGACGCCGUGCUCUUCCGAGGUGAGAAACUCCGGCACUGGAUCACCCCGGUGACCGAAGGCAGGCGUGUGAUUUUGCAGAUCGAGCUCUCCAGAGUCUGACAAGGCGAACGAGGCUCCAAACUCCGUGCCCAAACUCUGCGCGCUGCGGCGGCGAGAGCGGCCCCACGUUUGCUGCGCUCGCGGCUGACACGCGCAGCGCGUUGGAGCGAGGUGGUGCGGAGAAAAGCGGCCGCUGACAGGCUUUCUAGUCGCUUCCGUCAAGUAUUCAUGCAGCUCUCCCGGCUGUGUCUCGAGGGUCUCCAGC